UCGGCUUCUUUGUGUAGUAGAUAAGAACCACCGCACUUAAACAUGAGAUCAUUCACCAUGCCUACUCUCCUCCCCACCUCUUCCUUCAAAACGGCAGCCACCGUCUUCAUCGCCGGCGUCUUUUCUGUUGCGGCGGCGGUGAGUUUCACCGUUCCUUCGGUCCCGCUCUCGCAUUUCGUGGCGUCUUGCUAUCCGGUGAUAUACGAUAACACCGUCUUCCUCCUUAAGCCGCCGUAUCUUUACUUAGUCAUCAACUGCAUCAUCGUCUCUAUUGUCGCUACUUCUAAGCUCACUCACAAAUCAUCUUCCAAUAUCGACGAUUCUGUUUUCUCCAUAGCCGAUACGCCCGUAACAGUAGUACUACCGGUACCUUCUGAUAUCGACACGGUUUACUUAAACGUGGCUUCUGAUUAUACCGGACGUGUGGAUAAUGAUCUGACGGUGGAAGUUCUCCCUCAAGUUGUCGAUGAUAAUAAGGUGAUUGUAGGUGAUCAUCAGCCAGAGACGGAAAAGACAAAACCAAAGAGUGAUUGGUCGGAACCGGACCAGCCAAAACUGAAAAGUGAUUGGUCGGUACCGGAGAAGGAGAAGCCAAAACAGCAGAGUGACUCGCCGGAGAUGAUUUCGAGGGUGAAGCUAUCGAGAAAGCCGCCGAGAUAUAGUCAACUUAAAAUGAGUGCUGAAGAAGGUGAUAAAAGGCCACCGAGGAGGGAGGACACGCUGGAGACGACGUGGAAAAAGAUAACGGAAGGACACUCGACGCCGUUAACGAAGCACCUGACUAAAUCCGACACGUGGCAAGAAAGGUCGCGCGUGCAUAGCUCGAAGGAGGAGAUGACCAAGUCCGAGAACUUGAAUGACGUAAAUGCCCCUACGGAGCUGAAACGCGAGCCGUCGCCGGGUCAGGAAGAGCUGAACCGGCGUGUGGAAGCGUUUAUCAAGAAGUUCAACGAAGAGAUGAGAUUGCAAAGAUUGGAGUCUUUGGCUAAGAAUAACGAAAUGGUAAAUGGAGGGACUCGUUUGUAAAUAUUCGUGUUUUUUGUUGUUGUGUUUCCUUAGCUGUUGAUGAACAACAACACUGGAGAAAGGGACGGCACCGGCACAGUCGCAAAUGUUGACUCUUUUGUACAAAACUACUUAGCUGUAUAUGACUUUAUGUGUGAUUGUUAUAUUUCUACUUUCUAGGGCUUGUUGAUAA